AUGUUAACACGUAGAGUAGUGGUAACUGGCUUAGGUUUAGUAACGCCAUUAGCAACAGGAGUGAAACUUUCUUGGAAAAAAUUAAUAAAUGGUGAAAGUGGAAUAAUAUCUUUAAAAUCAAAUCAACAAUCACGAAUUAAUGAAAAUAAUUCAACGAAUUUACCAUAUAACGAAAAGGAAAAAGGGGUUUUUAAUGAGCUGCCUUCAACUAUAGCUGGUGUCGUUAAACCUGGUAAAUAUGAGAAUGGUGGGUUUAAUUCAAAAGAAUGGCUGGAUCGUGGGGAUGAAAGUAGAAUGGCAUUAUUUUCACAAUAUGCCAUUUGUGCAGCAAAUCAAGCAUUAAAUGAUGCAGAAUGGAAACCGACGUCUGUUCCUGAGAGAAAUCGAACAGGAGUUUGUAUAGGAUCAGGAAUUGGUAGCCUUGAAGAUGUUAUAUCAACCACCAUGACUUAUAACGCUUACGGACCGAGAAAAGUUAGCCCUAUGUUUGUACCCAAGAUAUUAAUAAAUAUGGCAGCAGGACAUUUAACCAUGAAAUAUGGAUUUCGUGGACCAAAUCAUGCAGCUUCGACAGCAUGUACAACAGGAGCUCAUUCGAUAGGAGAUGCAAGUCGAUUUAUACAAUUUGGAGAUGCGGAUGUUAUGGUAGCAGGAGGAUCAGAAGCAUGUAUAUUACCUUUAGCUAUAGCAGGAUUUGCAAAAGCAAAAUCUUUAGUAACCAAGUAUAAUGAUCGACCCGAAGAGGCAUCAAGACCGUUUGAUAAAGAUCGUGAUGGAUUUGUUAUAGGAGAGGGAGCCGGAAUGAUGGUACUCGAAGAAUAUAAUCACGCGAUUAAUCGAGGAGCAAAGAUUUAUGCCGAAUUGCGUGGAUAUGGUUUAUCCGGGGAUGCUCAUCAUAUUACGGCCCCUCCUGAAGAUGGUAUUGGGGCUGAAUUAGCAAUGCGUAGAGCAUUAUCUCAUGCUAAAUUAACACCAGAAGAUAUUGAUUAUAUUAACGCACAUGCAACUUCAACUAUACUAGGUGAUAUUGCCGAGAAUCGAGCUAUAAAAUCAAUAUUUCGGGGUAAUAAGAAAUUAGCAAUAUCUUCAACUAAGGGAUCGAUUGGACAUUUAUUAGGAGCUGCAGGAGCAGUUGAAGCGAUCUUUACAAUUUUGGCGAUCUAUAAUAAUACUCUUCCGCCAACAUUAAAUUUACAUUCAUCGGGUGAUCCAUCAGAAUCCAACGAUUUUAAUUAUGUACCAUUAAAAUCUCAAAAGGUUGAUGGAAAUGGUAUAAGGGCCGCGUUAACUAAUUCUUUUGGAUUUGGUGGUACCAAUGCUAGCUUGUGCUUCGUUAGAUGA